AUGUGCUGCUUUGAGUGGGGCUGUGGGAUCGUCUCUGAGUGGGAGUGGUCUCCUGCAGGUCACAUGGUCCGGGCCUUUGUUGAUGUGAUCCGGCGGAGAAAGAACAGGAGCACCGAGAGAAAAGAAAGAAAAGUACCGGUCCGACUCCGACCCACCGAGCCUUUCCGCCCAGCCUCCCCGGCGCACAGACGCUCCUGCUCGGCCUGGAUGCUGCAGCUGCGGCCCCUCCGGAGCUCCACCUGGAUCGGUAGUUCCGCGGCGCCCCGCGGUCGGUUCUUCUCCCCGCCGCGGAUCUCCUGGUUCUGCUGCUUGCUGGUUCUGCUGGGUCUCCCCGCAGCCCGGAGCUCGUUCCCCCGCAGCGGAGGCGGCGGCAGCGCGGACUGCGGCCCCGGGAAGGCCGCGGAGUGUCCAGAUUUGUCGGAUAAGAAGAGCGAUCUGCGCGUGUGCGACGCCGGAACGUGUCGCUUCGGAGGAACCUGCCGCGAAACGGGAGCCGACAUCAAAUGUGUCUGUCAGUUCCACUGCAACAAGAAGUACGUUCCCGUGUGCGGCUCCAACGGAGACACGUACCAGAACGAGUGUUUCCUCCGCAGAGCCGCCUGCAAGAAGCAGAGAGCCAUCAGCAUCGUGUCGGAGGGAGCCUGUUACCACGAUGGAGGCUCUGGAUCUGCAGAUGGAGAUGAUGAAGGUUCUGGUCGAGGGAAAAAAGUCUCCAAAUGUAAAAACUGCAAGUUUGGCGCCGAAUGUGACGAAGACUCUGAGGACUUGGUCUGCAUGUGUAACAUCGUGUGCAACGGCCACAACGACAACCCGGUGUGCGGCAGCGACGGCCUGACCUACGACACGCCGUGCCACGUCCGCGAGGCGUCCUGCCUCAAGCAGCUCAAGAUCGACAUCAAACAUGUCGGCCGUUGCCAAGAUAAAAGCAGGAAAGACGACGGCUCCAAGGGGAAACCAGACAUCCACACGGUGUCCAAGCCUGACGAGGGGAACGGCUUCCUGGACGGCGCUCUGCCCUGCCCUGAAGACCAAGCUCAGACCUGCCAACACGGCCAGUGUGAGCUGAGACUCAACCUGCCCACCUGCAGGUGUGACGCCGCGUACGGCGGCCCCCGCUGCGACCAGCUGCUGGACUUUAACAUCCUGUAUGUGGUCCCCAGCGGACAGAAGCUGCACUACGUUCUCAUCGCUGCCAUCAUCGGAGCCGUCCAGAUCGCCGUCAUCGUUGCCGUGGUGAUGUGCUUCACCAGAAGGUGCAACAAGUCGAAGCGUGGCCGCAGACAGAAGCAGCAUCUGGGCCACUUCCCGUCGGGAACGUCUUCUCGGAUGAUGUAGCCGCCGUCCGGUUUUCCCUCCAUGUUUUUAUAUAAAUCCAACUGGUCCGGUUUUCGUAUCGCAGACAGACUGCAGUUUUAUAUCGACUUCCUGGUGCCUCUUUUAUUAUUUCCCCCUUUUUUAAAGUCUUUUAUUUCUGAUUUCUUAGAGGGGCCUUAUUUGUCCGACUUCCCUUCAUGUUUUGUGCGGAUCUGUUUGUCUGUCCAGCUGCUUUCUGAACACUGUGGGUCCAACRGGAAGCAGAACCUUUAUUUAUCUGAUUGUAUCGUUGCUGCAGCGCCACCUUCAGGCUGGCGUCAUGCAGGUUGUUUUUGUUUUCACCCUGUGAGACGCAGCCAGACUGUUUUACUGUUUGGUUUUAAACCAUAUUUCAUCCAGUUAAAUCUGAAAUAUUCUGAACUUUCUGGUUCUGCUGCUGCUGAAACAUUGAGUUUCUUCCUGCAGGUGUUUUUCUGCAGCCUUCAGGUCGGAUAUUUAACUUUCCAACAUCUGAUUCAAGAGCAGUUUUAUUAUUAUGAUGACAUCAUUUCUGUUUAAUUUUUAAAAUAGAAAAUCCACCCAUCUCAUCGGAUGAUCCAUGUUUGGAAUGAACUGAUCAGCUGAUACCAAUUUUAGUCUCUUUGACUGAUUUCAAUGUUUUUAAGGACCAAAACAUGAAGGAUAAAUGAAAAUGAAAUCAUUUGGAUUUCAUUUAAAAUCCAAAUGAAAAAUAGAGAAUUAUAAGUUCAAACUCACCAGUAACUCCAGACCCCAGGAUGGAUGAAUGGAUGAGUUCAUACUUUAUAGUGUACGUCCAUAAUAUUAAUUCAUUAUUGCUAAACAACUGAUCGAAAAUUUCAAACUGGUUAUAAUUUAAAACAUUAAAUGAAAAGAGAAACAUUUUUCUGAUUAAUAUUUAGACAUAAAAAACUGACAUCUGGCUCUGAUCUGUUUCUGCUGCACAUCAAAUUAUAAAAAAUAUCCUUUUAUUUAAACUUUGUUCAGAUCUCUGGCAGCAGCAGGUUGAUAAUCUCAGAUUAUGAUCAUCUGGAGUUGAAACAUUUCAUUGUUUCCAGAAACACCUGAAGUUCUGGUUCCUCUGAGCGGGCCGGUCCAGGUCGGUGCGUUUCCGCUGCUUUAUCCGUUUCCUUUGGGGAAACGGUGGAGAUGUUCUGAAUAUGCUGGUAAUCCGUCAGAGCGAUCCGGAGCUGCUGAACUCAGGAGCAGAAAUAAUGAGCCUGAAUUUGGUUUUCAGAUUAAUAUUCUAAGCAUUUUGUUUGUUUUAUAUCUGACAUUUUUUCUCUGGAAAGUAAAAUCUUGUUUAUGUGUCUUAAAGUUUUUCCUUUCAAUUUGAUAUAAAAGCUCAUAUUUCUCUUUUUUUUUCUAAAAUUAAAGAUCUGUUGGUUUAACUCUGAAUCAUUUCAUCAGGCCCAGCUUUUCCCUGAGCGUGUCGUUGGGCCUUCCGCCUCCAGGGGGCGCUCUGUACCUGGACUCCAGGGUGAUCAGGGACCAAUGGCGCCCUCUGCUGGUCGUUUUGUUUCGCUGCGUCUCACAGGGUGACAAACUGAAAAUGUAACAUUUUGUUCUUUAUUCUGUUUAUGAUGAUGAUGCACCUGAAAACCAAAAUGCUGUUUUUUCUACUGCUUAAUAAUUAAUGAGGUACAAGCUAACGUGUACAGGUUGUUAUUAUUUUUAUUAUAAUUGUUGCUUCAUUUUCAGAUGACGCCAUUCCGGAAAUGGAUGCGGAUGUUUUUGUGCGUGUUUGGACGAGGAUAAUUUAAAACGCUUGUUUUUCAUAUAUAAUUUGUAACGACGGUACGAACUGUGUUUUGUUGUGGUAGGAAGAGUAGAACGAUCAGCUGGCCGCAGGUUCCUCCAUGUUCGCUGACCGGAGGUCAGAGGUCUCUGGGAUGUGGAUCCUGCAGGAUCUGGGCCUGGUUUUGCUGUAGAUGUUGGUCCUGCAUGAACCAGUGAAGUUGUUUAGACUGUGCUGUAGCUGAACUAGAAUUAAAUUAUGAUGUUUGAA